AGACCAAACUGCUUUGUCUGGACUGACUCUGGAACGCUGAGUGUGACGCAAGUGACGGGCGCUGUUACAACUGGCAAGUCCGCUAGGAGGACAGGUCAUACUAGCCCUCAAUCAGUACUCGAUUUCCCCUCCUCUCACAACACACCACCUCUCUUUGUGAUCCUCGUGAGUGUUUUGCAGACAUCAAUGUCUGAACUCGAGUCAUUCACCCUAUGGGGAGCGUUACCGCUGGAAUUGCGAUACUUCAUCAUGCUGUUUGUCGACAUUGACACACAAGAAACAUGUAUUUUGACAAAUAGAGAAACGCGUCUGUUGACGAUCGCAGUACGAAAAUCGCGUAAAGAGAUUGUUGUCAAGCGAAUCAUCAAUAAACAGCAG